GCGAGCUCUUCCUGCGGUCUGACAGCGCAUUAUGUGCCUUCCCUAUUCCCUUUAUUCUCUUCUGCUUGCAUUGAGCUAUUAAAACAACUUUCCCUGCUUUACCUUCCUCUGGGCGGACUGAAGGUCGCACUUCUCUACAAUGGGCAACAGAGACGAUGAAUACGAUUUCUUGUUCAAAGUUGUUCUGAUUGGAGAUUCGGGCGUCGGAAAGAGUAACCUGCUGUCGCGCUUCACGCGGAACGAGUUUAACUUGGAGAGCAAAAGCACGAUAGGUGUGGAGUUUGCCACACGCAGCAUCCAGGUGGACGGCAAGACAAUAAAAGCGCAGAUCUGGGACACGGCGGGACAGGAGCGAUACAGGGCCAUCACUUCUGCGUAUUAUCGUGGUGCUGUGGGCGCACUGCUGGUGUAUGACAUCGCCAAACAUCUGACCUAUGAGAAUGUAGAACGCUGGCUGAAGGAGCUCCGAGAUCACGCCGAAAACAACAUCGUCAUCAUGCUGGUGGGGAAUAAAAGCGACCUGCGGCACCUGAGGGCAGUGCCCACCGACGAGGCGCGUGCUUUCGCAGAGAAAAAUAACCUUUCAUUUAUCGAGACGUCGGCUCUGGAUUCAACCAACGUGGAGGAGGCGUUCAAACACAUUCUAACAGAAAUCUACCGCAUCGUAUCACAGAAGCAGAUCACUGACCGAUCAGCCCACGACGAGUCGCCGGGAAACAACGUGGUCGACAUCAGCGUACCACCGACCACUGACGGGCAGAAAGGGAACAAACUGCAAUGCUGUCAAAACCUGUAACCAUGACAACCAGCCGUCACCCACCUGUCACUCACCUCUGCUGCCCUCUUCAUGUUGUGUCACUAUAAUGUUCUCAAUUUUAUUUGUGUAAUAUAUUUUCUUUUGAUAGCUUGUCAACUCACAUGCACACUACGACUGUCAUGAAGUAAAAUUUUACAGUAUGGGA